AUGAAUGGAAACACUAUCCAGCAGGCGAGCACCGAGGCCUCCGUAGCGCCCCCCUGUGGCUGGAGGGAUUUCUGCGAGCUGCAUGCCUGCGCCACGGCACGGGAACUCGCCAAGCACUACCGGCGAUUCGCCAGCGAGCGUUCCGAUCAGGAUGUGCCUCCGCCAGACAGCUUCUCCAAGCACUUCAGCCUGCUCUUCCAGCAGCACUUCCGCACGGAGGUGGCUAAAGACUGCCCAAACUCCGCCCCUUCCUCUCCGGCCCCGGCUCCGCCCCUGAUGGGUCGCCUGCGAAUCACAUCGUUCUCUGGAGCGCUGGACUAUCGGGAGGCGGGGCAUCAGGGAGGCUCCACCCUCUUCGCAGUGUAUGCGCCCAAGGCAGAACCAGUGGUUGUGGCCAGGGAGCAGGAGGAGCCUCUGCGCUGCGCCCCGCCCACCGACACUACACUCCGCCCCCGCAGUCGCAGCCAGGAGGAGGGGCUCUCAGAGCGGCGGGCGGGAUCCGAGCGGCUUUGCCCCACCUCCACCCGUACGGAUCCCUCUAACUUUUCUGUCCAUCAGAUCCGGCGAAGCGUACGGCGGUUCUUUAAAAAACGGCAGCAACCCUUAGACGCGGCCGACGGACCAAUCGAUGGUGGCUUUGACAGGGUGGGUGGAGCCUCAGGGACCAUGGGACCUGGCCCACCAAUCACCUCCCUGCAGCCCUCUACCUCCCACGUAUCCCAGAAUGCCAUGCCGUUUUUUGACCGCCUAAAAGGAAAGUUCCGGACUCAGAGUGUACGGCGCCGGUCUGAUUUGGGAAGCGCCUGUAAAGAAGGGCAGCUGAGGUACCUGGUGGUGGACGACACUAUCUCAGACUCACAGCCUCGGUGGCUACGCUGCCGCCUACUGGUACGGAGGACCGUGGAGCGGCCAUCCAGUGAGACCUACCAACUGGAGCUCUACGACCCCCCAAAGGGCUCGAGUCCAAAGCUGACAGCACGUUGUUCGGAUAUUGAGGAGAUUCGGCGCUGUAACCGUCUGGAGAUGCCUGACAAUGUCAACACGUUUGUGUUAAAGGUUAAUCACUAUCCUGGCAGUUUCAUAUUUGAGACAGAUGAUGAGGUCCAGGUCAGCUCCUGGACGACCGAACUCAAAGAAUGUAUGAAUAAAAGAUCAGACAGUGUGGACACAGAGCUGCUAUCCUCUCUCCCUGCUGACUCUGCGCUUCGGAGAGGAAGUUCUGAGUCUAGCAGUCAGGUGUUUCGACCUCUGACCUUUACAGGCUCGCCGACCGUCAGCUCCUCCGAGCAGGUGUAUCAUAAGACAGACCAUUUCCUGGCGUCAUACCCAUGGUUCCACGGGCCCAUCUCGCGGGUCAAAGCGGCCCACUUGGUCCAGAACUCAGGGGUCAGGGGUCACGGGGUCUUUCUGGUGCGACAGAGCGAAACAAGACGUGGAGACUAUGUCCUGACCUUUAACUACCAGGGCAAGGCCAAGCAUUUGCGUCUGUCUCUGACGGAGUGGGGUCAGUGCCGUGUGCAGCACCUGCGUUUCCCCACUGUGGUGAACAUGCUGAGUCAUUUCUGUGCUUACCCCAUCCCGCUGGAGUGCGGCACAGCGUGUGACGUCCGCCUGUCCUGCUAUGUCUCGACCAACCCCUCCUCUUCCUCAGCAUCUGGUUCGCCCAUGUUGGUGCCUUUCUCCCGUUGGCGAUCCGAACCCAGCCUCGCCCACUGCAGCCCGGACAGCGUUCCCGCUCCAGUCAUCCCGCCCCCCAACCCCUUUUCCAUCGAGGCCUCCUCGCUGUCGUCCGCCAACCCCCCUUCCCAUCAGCCCCCCGCCCUGCCCGAGCGGUCCGCCCCGAGCCCGCUACGCCGGAGCGAGUCCGUGGGGCGCCGGCCCCUCCUGCGCCACCCAAACCCCCUCCCCCCGCUCCUGUCGUCACGGGACUCAGACUACGAACUGGAACCACCUGACAGGGGGCGCAAGCGAGCCAUUGACAACCAGUACAUGUUCUACUGAUGGACGGGCUUGUAGAGACACGGACAGCCAAAGCCAUUUCCCACCAGCUCAGUGGAUGAGAGACCAACGCAUGAGUGACAACCAGUAUAAGGCAGA